UUGUUUAUUUUAGUGCAACGCGAAAGGGACAUAUUUUUCAUAGCUGGUUUAAGGCGAGAAAUCCAACCCUUCUUGUCUUUGACUUUCGGCGUGGCUGGUUAUAGAAAGAAUUGUUUCGAGAUCUUUGCAAAGUCAUUAAGUCAUUUUUGUUAAGUCAUUAACUGUUUGUUAUAUAAUUGAUAUGCGGAAUCUGUGUGAGUUAGUAAACUUAAGUGUAGAUUCAAAAUGUAGUUCAUGGUAAAAGGUUGAAGUCGUUGAAAAAACUUUAUAAUUAGUCAGACGUAUUUGCGUACCAAUUGCAUGUAGCUACACUUCCCCCUGUGAAGCAUUUCUUUUUAAAUUCUCUAUGUUCGAUUGCGUACUCUCGAUUUCGCUCUCAAUCUCUUGCCUUUGUUUUUCAACAUAACGCAUAUGUAAGAGCAGCUUUGUGAAUUUGUUUUUGCUUUUACUUUUGCUACAAUAUCUCAAUUUCGUCUACAGUUUGACUUUAUUCUCUGAGAUGUUCGUUUGCUCCGUCGGAUGGAUGAGAUUAUUGAGUGUUGUUUAGUAAACAAUAAUUUUUUGUGUUGGUAUUAUUUAUUGUAUUGUUUUUUUCUUCGCUCUAAAGUGCAAACAAAUGAAUGUGUAUAAAAAAUAUCUGCACUCACACAUUAAUGCAAAAUAAGGAAGAACUUAAUAGAAUGUAUAUACACGAACAUAUAUGAAAUAUAUGGAAUUAGAGAAGAAAAAAAAAAAAAGUGUUUUACGGAUAUCUAUGAAGUGAAAAAAGUAGCCAGACAAAUUUCGUUUUAUAACUCUUUGAAAGCCAUAAAAAGCACCAUUGAAAUUCGAAGCAAAGAGAAAAGGGCGACACUAAAACAAUAAAAAUGUAUACACUACUAGUAUAAAUAUUUAGAUGAUAUUGUGUUGAAUAUAUGCUGCUGCGUUAAAAGAGUUUUUAUAUCUACUUAAGAAAAGCAGAGGGAAACGUUAAUGAAUUCGAAGAAACGCAACAACAAUAAUAUACAGUAAAGAGAAAAAGAAAGACGUAAAUUAAUUAAAAUUAAAAUAUUGUUAGCCAUUUUGGACAUGUCAUGUCAGCAAGCUUCCAGAUUUAUAACCAACAAGUCUAAUCGCAUCAACAACAAUACUGGCAUAAGAAUUAACAGCAGUGACGUCAUUAAUAAUAAUAAAAACAACGUUGAAAAUACUACAAAGCAAUCAUCGGCUAUCGUAGCUGAUGAUCCAUAUGUGUUCACAGAAACUGUGCCAAACCUACCGCCCGUUUUAUUUAAUAUACAGAAAUCGCGUACCAGGUUAAGUGAUCUAAAUGGUUCAUCUGCUAGCAUAAUAACGGUGCCGACGUCGAACAUAGUUGCGGCAAAAUCUCCAAUAACAAAUCAACAAGAAAAGUUACCAUUAACACGUUAUGCAAAUAUUAAGGUAGCAGCAACUGCAGCAGUUUCCUCAGCCGAGCGAACGCAAGCUCAGCAAGCAUUUGUGGUAGCGCCUGUUAACGCCAACACAAUUGCAACCUUACCUGUAGUUAAAACACUGACAACCACAUCAGCAACAAUAGUAGACUUUAACAACUUUAACAAAGGUGUAAUAAGACAAGCACCACAGGCAGCGGCAAAAACAACAGCUCAGCUUUCAAACGGUAAUAAAAAGUUAACGAACAUAUGCAUUGUUAGACCGCAGCAGCAGCAGCAGCAGCCGCAGCAGCAGCAUCAGCAAUUGUAUCAGACACAGCAGCAAUAUAGUUAUGGGAACUCGCCCGUGACAGAAGAAAUCAAAUCGAUAAUAUCACCACCGCCGCCACCAUCUCUUCAACCACCACCACUUUAUACACCUACACCGUCGUUAUGGCAGACUCCAUUGCUAUUAGAUACGGCAUCAUCGAUGACGACUUGUGGAAGCGCGCCCGUCUCGUCGCCCAUAUUAACGGUAAGUUUACCACCCACUUCGCAGAGUACUGGUGGUGGCUCUUCCGGUACUACAGCGAUGGCUAAAGUGGCUCCGAUUGUGGUGCACACAUCUCCACUCCCGCCAGCAAGCCUUAACGCAAAAUUGCCGCCCUCAAAAUUCCAUCAGAACACGACGGCUCAGCAACUGAACAAGAUCGAAUGUCUGAAGAAGCCCAAAAAAAUAACAACAAGUUCGAAAAAUCCACAUCCUCCACCACUACAAGCUUUCGACAAUCCCUUGAAACAUUCCAAUAGUGAAAGUUUGAACAAAAUACCGGUUAAUGUGAUAUUUCGGAUGUCAGCAGCCGCUGGUCAGGUUUCGGAAGAAAAAUCAGAUAAAGCUUCGCUGUCAAGCAAUGCAAAAGCUGUGGCGCCAUCGGCUGCUUUGCCCCCAGCAAACAAACAGAUCAAAGAAAUGAAAAAUGUACCCGCCUCGAAUGAUAUUUUAGCCAGCAUGGCACAGGAUACAAAGUCUUCCACUAAAGCAGAGCACACAGCACAGGCUCUCAAUGCUGAAACUGAAAUUGCAGCCGCAAUUAUCUCCAACCGUAUUCAAAUGGCGGUAACUACGAAAACGCCACCGCAAGGCACACCGUCGUCAGCCGUACUUCCAGCCUCGCAAAAGAAAGCACGAAAAGUACUCAAUCUGGAUUAUCCAACUUGGCAGACAGGAAGUACUUUAAAAGGGGCUGUGGCCGUAAUAAAAAUGUCGCAAGAAGAAGUGAACAACGAUAUCAGUUUGCUGGCCACCGAUACUGGUUUGCCGUAUUGCCUGCAAAAUAAUUGGUUGCUGCAAGUGCCAAAGUAUGUCGCCUCCUCGGUCGAUGAAUGUGAUCUGAAAAAUGCUCAAUUAAAUCACUCUCUCGCUCGAGAAGAACGCCUUGGCUUGUACAAGCAGCAGCUGAGACGUCAGGCAAUGCAAUUGCUGUCCAUAAGAUCGCUGCAAGGAUUACCUAUGCAAUUGGCUAAGAGACGUCUGCUAUGUGUCGAUCGUCUUUUGAGAAAAUAUAAUAAUCAGGAGAUGCAAGAACCGUUUAAACAUCUCAAACUUUGUUGUGUAAACGGUUGCAAAGCAUGGAGUCUUGAAAUGGGCUCGCACUGCCCUAAACAUAUUGUACAUAAUGGAGUUCAGCAAAUUUUUGCCCCGUGUACAGCAAAGUUUGCUGAUAACACACAAUGCAAAAUGCCUGCUUUUGAUGUAACGCACAACUUGCCGUUAUGUUCUGUACAUGCUCGAAAACGAAUCGCAUACAAUCGUUUCGUAGAUGAACGAAAACUUCAGCGGAUAUCGCCGACCCGAGUCUUAAUGCCGGAACCACGAAUGAAAUUCCAAGGAAAGCCACAGCAUCAAAGUCAGCUUCAGCUGCAGUCUAACGUGAAACGCACAAUUUUGCAAACAGAUGCAACGGCUGCGCGAAAGCGUAAGUUAUCUGGCAGUCAUAGCGGCGCAUCUGCCCGACCUCAGAAGAGGAGUAAAAAAGCUGCGCCGACAAAUCUCAUAGUAUCGCCGGCGAAUGUAACGCAAUUGCCGCCAUUAUCGACGGUGUUGAAGAGGAAGAGUAGCACGACAUCUUUGGAAUCCAUAGCCAGUAACUCGCAUCAGUCGUCAUCGUCGUCGUGUAGUAAUUCUCAAAUUGUGAAUGCCGUACAACAGCAAUACACUAAUACAUUAGCACCGCCUGCAUUAGUACCACUUUGUGGUAGUAUUAACGGCAGCACCCUGCAGUUGUCGCAAACUUUACUGAAUUUUGGUUUGAGUAAUCAAAAAAACUGCUCCCCUUUUAUUUCCCACGAAAUGAGCGAAUUGGCGACACAAUUUUGCAUGACAACGUCGCAAAAUCAGUUGAACUAUUUCAAUACUAAUUCCAAUUCAAAUUUUACGUCAUCCGGUAUGGGAUCCACUACAUCUUUGCCAACGGCCGAUGAUUUCAUUUCUCAAGACAUGUUAAGUAUGUGCGAAAAUAGUUCUGCUAGCUCGGAAGAUACCGGUUUGGGUGGAUUAAGCGACCCGGAAUUAAUGCUGGGAACUGGUACAGAUCCAGAUGAUAUACCGUUGGGUGACGCACCACUGCUCGAAGAACAUGAUUUAGCUAAUGUGUUGAAUUCUUUACCAGAAGAUGCAUUUAAGGAAUUAUUUACUACCGUACAUCAAGAUGAAAGCGACGAAAUUGAACGUGCUAUUGAAAUAGCUGAUAAAAAUCUAAAAACUUUGCAGCAAACAAUUGGAUCCGGUUUGGGGGAUUUUUUGAAUUUCGGUGACGACAUCUUGGCGGACACGACGGGUGAUUUUUCAAGCGUUAAUGUAAGUAAUGUAAGCCCUUCGUUAACUACGGGCUUUACCGAUAGUUCAGUUCUGUUCAUGGAUAGCACAAACAAUAGUUGUCACAAUCUAAAUGAUAUACGCGGAUUAGUGCAAACCUAGAUAAGCACAGGAUCGGUGAGCUUUUCGUAAAUUAAUUUAUAUGAAUUUCUUUUUAAUAAUGAACGAGCUCUUUGUUCAUUCGAAAUGAACUUUGCGGAACAGGAUUCGAAUUUUUUUCAAUUUGAUGUUUCUAUUUCUCUUCUUGAUUCAUUUUAAAAUCAUAAUUAUCUACGGAGAAA